CGCAGAUGACUCGUUUAGAAGACCUCCACCAGGACAAUGCUUCGUUGGAGCAUGAGAUUGCGCAGCUUGAAAAGAGGAAAGCAGAUCUCUUGAAAGAGAUUGAAAAGACACAGAAGAGAAAGUCGCCUCUAGAUGCACUCAAAAUGCUGAACAAAUCAUUGCAAGAGAACUCAAAAACGAACCAUAUAGCUAGUGAUAUAAGUCCAGAGAACCCCACGCCCAAGAGACGGAAAAAAUCGAAGCGAGAAAGGCAAUUCGAAGAAGAGUACGUUCCACCAGAACCUGUGAAGCACGAAUUUUUCGACGAAAGUAUAUCCAAAUACUUCAAGACGCCACGGACUACUCCUAAAUCAUUGGAAGGUGAUGAUACUGUUCAGGAGAAGACCAAAAAUGUUCUUAUAGAAAACGUGUAUCGUAUGUUUGGAAUAACGGCCUUUCCGGUCAAGGAUCCAUCUUGCCCAGAUACACAGUUGGGCGUGAGGAUUGAGAUAUUUAACGAGUUGGAGUUUAGAUUUGAAACUCCACACUACAUUAUACUUGAGCAGAAUCCCAAAACUAUGAAAUGGUGCAUAUUGAACCAUACUGUACCUGCUUUCGUGCAGCUAAGAACUUUGGCAGCUUCCUAUGAUGACCUAUCGAGCCAGAAACUGUUUAAUUUUGUCUGUCAUGUUCGUCAUAUAUUACAGUUAACAUCUUUGAAGCAUCAAAUCAUUGAUCGCUUAAAGUUUCGGUACAAGAAGUAUGUAUCCAGCUUGCAGAAGGAUAUUUCUAUGACCACUAUUAAGUUCCAGCUUUCCAUUAAAGAGGCUGAAACAGGUGUUACGAUGCGCUGUGGGUUGGAUAGCGUGGAAAGUGUUUUCAUCGAGAAUGGUUUUACCGAUUUUCAGAAGAGAAGAGCUUGUAACUUAUUAAAAGGGGACAUACACACUCUAAUGGACCGAUUUGGCGAGGCAGUUGAGGUACUCACUGAAUAAUCUUUAUGAAUCUAUG